UUUUUCUUAGUCCAUCCUCCAUCUCUCCCUCUCUAUCAUCCUCUCCCUUUUCUGAUUCGGAUUGAUUCUGUGAGCCGGAAUCGCUUCUUUCUCUUAUUCUUUGUUAUUUCCCGGCUUCAAUCCGUGUCAGUCAGAAUGUUGUGUGCGCUUCGCCGGCAUGGAGUCGCGCAGGCCCUGCGGGCUUCUACCUCUCGAUCCUUCGUUGCGAGAUCGACUCCUCAGCUGCUGAAAUUGCAGCCCUCGAAUAGCAGCCCGGCUGCCUUCCCUCAAAUCCAUCGAUCGUUGCAUGUCUCCGCUACCCGGUUUCAAGCUGCCCAGGCGGAGGCUGUGGCCAGCGAGGAGGAGCCUGCCACGCCCCAGCGAUUGACCGAAUUCGCGGACCUGGCAAGUCAUGGAUUGGUGGAUAAGAAGAUCAUUGAUCAGAUUACCCGGUUUAUGAAGAUCAAGACCAUGACCGAUGUGCAAAGCAUGACUAUCAAUGAGACUUUGCAGGGUGAUGAUGUCCUGGCCCAAGCGAAGACCGGAACAGGAAAGACUCUGGCCUUCCUCGUUCCCGUGAUUCACAAUAUCAUGAAAGACAUGCAGCCUCAGCCUCAGGCCAGAGGUUCGUACAGACGGCGCGCCCAGUCCAGCGAUAUCCGAGGCAUCAUUAUCUCGCCUACCCGUGAACUGGCCGAACAGAUUGCAACGGAAGCCUUGAAGGUGUCGCGUGGUACUGGAAUUGUUGUGCAGACUGCGGUUGGUGGCACGCAGAGACGCGAGAAACUCCGGGCUAUCCAAAGGGAAGGAUGCCACCUGCUGAUCGGUACCCCGGGACGGUUGAAGGAUAUCUUAUCUGACCCGACUACCGGUGUCACAGCCCCACGCCUGUCGUCUUUCGUUUUGGAUGAGGCUGAUCGUCUGUUGGAUGAUGGAUUUGCGCCGGACAUCAUGGAGAUCCAAACCCUCCUUCCCAACCGCGACGAGGUUGACCGCCAGACGCUCAUGUUUUCGGCUACUGUUCCCAGGGAGGUCAUGGCCAUGGUUCGUAAAACGAUGAAGCGUGACUUCCGAUUCCUGAAGACGGUUCAGGAGGAUGAGGUGCCAACUCACUUCCGGGUACCGCAGAAGGGUAUUGUUCUUCCUGGAUUGGAGAAUGCUCUCCCUGCGGUCCUUGAAAUGGCCCAGACCCAAUGGGCUCAGCGGUCAGAAGACCGCAGCCAGCGUCCUUUCAAGGCAAUUGUCUACUUCAACUCGACUUGCGAAGUCAAGCUUGCUUUUGAUGCUUUCAUGCACUUGCGCCGCCAAAGGAAGAUGGGCGGAAUGGCGAUCUAUGAUAUCCACUCACGUCUGACUCAAGCCGCGAGAACAAGAAACGCAGACGGCUUCCGGCAAGCUCGUUCUGGAAUCCUUCUCUCGUCUGAUGUGACUGCCCGUGGAAUGGACUUCCCGGAGGUCACCCACGUCAUCCAAGUCGGUGUUCCUCGCGAUACUCCCACAUACAUUCACCGUCUGGGUCGUACUGGACGCGCAGGCAAGGAGGGUGAAGGAUGGAUCAUGUUCCACGAGGGUGAAAUGCGAACUUUCCGGAACAAGCUUGGUGAACUCCCCAUCGAAAUGGACGAAACCUCCCUCCCCACCUCCAAAGUCGACUUGACCGACGACCAGGCCGAACACCCAGCCGCCGUAUCCGAAACCCUGGCCCAGAUCCAGGACGCAAUGGAGAACACCCCCGCCAGCUCCAAAGAAGAAGCCUACAGAUCGCAAUUCGGUUCCCUUCUGCCGUCCUUUUACAACAAGUCCGCUGCAGUCGAUGCCAUGAACAAGCUUGCCGUGCACGGCUACGGCCUUUCGAACCCGCCGCACAUGUCCCCCAUGCUCCUCGAAAAAAUGGGUCUUAACAGGAGUCGGGGAGUUAGAUCAUCGGACCGUUCGAUGGGUGGUCGGGGCCGAGCGAUGGAUCGCCCCCCUAUGCGUGGAGGCAUGGACCGCCCUCGCUUCGUCGAGCAUGGCCGGGGCCGCCGUGAUGAUGGCAACUCCUGGAAUAACAGGCGCGGUGGUGGUGAGUUUCGUGAGAGGAGUGGCGGCCGCAAUCGCGACUCCUGGGGCGGCCGUGGCCGGUACUAAAAAUAACGCAGCUUCGAAACUGGGUUACAGGAUUUGCUGAGAUAGAGGGCAUCUUUAAAAAGAUAUUCUCAUGCAUGACGAUACCCGCUUUCUUUUCUUUCAUAAAAAAAAAAAGCACACUACCAAGUUGCAUCUGACGGCGUUUUAUGUGUUGGGCAAUUAUGAUUCUAUCUCUCUUCUCUCGGAUCUUUCACUCACAAGUAUAGAAAUGUUCUUUUCUGGCUUUGUCAUGCAUGGGUACGGUUUUGGAUUUGUUUCUUAAUGUAUUAGUAUUUGUUUCUCGUUUUUCAUGGGUUGUAUUCUAAAAUAUCGGAAUGGGGUCACGAUCACGUCUACGUCUACGUUUACCAUAGAAGUCAGUUAAUCAAUAUACCUGAUCUGGAUUUGUUUGAAUCGUCACCC